GCGAAAGGGAGUGCCAAUGGCGAAGGGGAGGACGGAGAUGCAGGUCGGACCCGACGGCGUCGCCGUCAUCGCCAUCGUCAACCCGCCCGUCAACGCCCUCUCCGUCGACGUAUUGUAUAGCUUGAAUGGCCACUAUGAAGAAGCAGUUCGAAGGAAUGAUGUGAGAGCUAUUGUUCUUACAGGAAAAGGAGGGAUAUUUUCUGCUGGACUCGAUUUAAGUGCCUUUGGUGAUAUUCAGAGAAACAAACCGGAGCAGCUAAAGGUUGCCUACACGUGGGUUGAUGCCAUGACUGAUAUUCUCGAAGAUGCUGGGAAGCCGUCAGUGACUGCUAUUGAUGGCCUUGCUCUUGGUGCAGGAUUAGAAAUUUCCAUGGUAUGCCAAGCACGCAUUUCAACCCCAAAUGCUCAAUUAGGCCUCUCAGAUUUUCAAAUCGGACUAAUACCUGGAUUUGGAGGAACACAGCGACUUCCGCGCCUUGUUGGACUGACAAAAGCACUUGAAAUGUUGAUGCUCUCAAAGCCAAUUAAAGCUGAAGAAGCUCAUGAGCUGGGUCUAGUCGACGACGUUGUUUCACCAAAUGAUUUGUUGAAUGUUGCUCGCCGUUGGGCUUUGGAUAUCUCUGAGUCAAGAAGGCCAUGGGUCCGAGCGCUCUACAAAUCUGACAAGCUUGAAUCCCCUGAGGAGGCCAGAGAGAUCCUCAAUUUUGCCAGAGUUCAGGCUCAAGAGCAGGCUGCCAAUCUUCACCAUCCACUCGUCUGUAUCGAUGUUAUCGAAGAAGGAAUAAUUUCCGGGCCCCGAGCCGGGCUUCGGAAGGAAGCCAUUGCUUUCCAGGAAUUAUUUUUCUCAGACACAUGCAAAAGCUUGGUCCAUGUGUUCUUUUCACAGCGUGCAACGUCAAAGGUUCCUGGGAUCACAGACUUGGGAUUGAAGCCUCAGAAGGUAUCUAAAAUUGCCGUUGUUGGCGGUGGACUUAUGGGUUCAGGAAUCGCAACCGCGCUGAUACUGAGCCACUAUCAUGUCAUACUCAAAGAAGUCAAUGAGAAAUAUCUAAAUGAAGGAAUUGACAGGAUAAAAGGAAACUUGCAGAGUCGUGUAAGUAAAGGGAAAAUGACCAAGGAGAAAUAUGAGAAGACACUCUCACUUCUUACAGGUGUCCUGGAUUAUGAGAAAUUCAAGAACAUGGAUUUAGUUAUUGAGGCAGUUUUAGAGAAUGUGAAGUUGAAGCAGCAGAUUUUUGCUGAACUGGAGCGACACUGUUCUCCCCACUGUUUUCUUGCCACUAACACUUCCACCAUUGAUCUUAACCUAAUCGGAGAGAAGACAAAUUCCCAAGACCGCAUUGUCGGCGCACACUUCUUCACUCCAGCUCAUAUCGUGCCUCUUCUUGAGAUAGUCCGCACCCCUCUUACCUCUCCACAAGCGGUUCUCACCAUGCUGGAAGUGGGGAAGAAGAUCAAGAAGACACCAAUAGUGGUCGGAAAUUGUACUGGCUUUGCAGUGAAGCGUAUGUUCUAUCCAUACACUCAGGCGGCAGUCUUUCUUGUCGACCGUGGAAUGGAUGUUUACAAGAUCGAUCAAGCUUGUACCAAAUUCGGGAUGCCAAUAGGCCCAUUCAGACUGGCAGAUCUGGUUGGCUUUGGUGUUGCUCAAACCACUGGCAUGCAGUACCUUGAUAACUUUCCGGAGAGGGUCUACAAGUCAAUGCUGAUUCCUCUCAUGAUCGAAGACAAAAGGACAGGUGAAGCCUCCAAAAAGGGGUUUUACAAGUAUGACAGUAACAGGAAGGCGAACCCUGAUCCUGAAAUCACGAACUAUGUAGUGGAGUCGAGGAGAAUGGCAGGAACCACACCUGAUCCCGAGUUGCUGAAGUUGGAUGACGGUGCGAUACCAGAGAUGGUGUUCUUCCCGGUUAUCAAUGAAGCCUGCCGUGUCCUGGGCGAGAACAUCGCCGUCAAGGCUUCUGACCUUGACAUCGCCUCCAUAUUUGGCAUGGGUUUCCCAUCAUACAGGGGUGGCAUCAUGUACUGGGCUGAUUCCAUCGGCGCAAGGCGCAUCCACACGAAGCUGUCGGAAUGGGAGGUGAAGUAUGGCCAGUUCUUCAAGCCUUGCAAGUACCUGGCAAAAAGGGCAGCUGGAGGUGUUCCUCUGAGCGCACCAGCGAUGAAGACAAUGAACAGGGCCAUGGGCAAGCUGUAGAUUUUUUUUUUUGAACUUUUUGCAGUCGGAAAGGUUCCUACUGCCUUCUAUAUUAAGAGACAAAAGAUGUCUGAAGUUACAUGGUUACAUAUUUACAAAAGAUGGGGGUUUGCCCAGAAGUGAAAGAACAACUAUCCAAAGAAAUCAAAGAGUCUGAGAAAAGUGUAAAAUGAAACUAUGCAACUCUUUCUUAUUUCUAUGGACUAAUAGAGCAAAAAUUUCCUUAAAUCUUCUCUUCCAAGAAUCAACUUCAGGCUUAACAUUAUUGAAGAGUAGAUUGUUUCUUUCUUUCCAGAUACACCAUGCUCCACUAAUAAAAACCUCCAUAAACAUUGGAUCGUGCCAUUGAAUUCUUCCUUGUUCAAUUAUGUGCCCAACAAGAUUUACUGAAUGGGCAGGGCAAGAGCAUGUGUUCUAUGGUUU